AUGGCCACUCGUGGCCCAUCAGACCCCCAAGACAUCGACAAAUUAUUGACGAAACUUCGCGAUGACCCACUGGACACGAAUGACGAAACGGAGCGCGCCUUGCUGCCCAUAUUCCAGUACCUUAUGUCCAUACCCGCUCAUACCUCCGACGGUCUCUUUCACUGGUUUUGCGAAAAGGCGGACCCAAUCGCGCUCGAGGCCGCCACCUUUCUCCUUAGGCUCUUUGCCUACGACAGUGGUGGAGUAGAGAAAUGGAAGCAACGACUCCAGCUAGUCUUCAAAGGGUGCUGUGGUUGUGUACGUGGUGGUCAGCUUGCGAAGCUUACAUCGGAACAAACGUACGUGCAUGCUUUCCCGGCCGAUGUAUUGAAAGACUUUAUGCUCAAAUUCGAUGACUGGGAGCUCGGUUUUAUCCUCCCACGUAUCUCCAACACCACCACUUCCAUUGAAGCCCAUCCACCAGUCAUCUAUCAUGCCCUUUCAAACCUCCACAUCCUACGAGAUCCACGCAUACUUGCAAUUUUCGACAAACGGGACUUACCAUCUUCGCUCCCCGACUGGCCGACAGACCCGCCACCUCCAGGUCUGUUCUACCUUCAAUUACACCGGAACGAGGAUGUGCGAAGAUGGGCUUCUACACGUUUGAUUCAAAGUCGCGUACGACCAAUAGCGAAGGAGUUAUUCGUGCGUCCGUACAUCAAGAUCCUGGAGAUACUUUCUGGGGUUCUCGCCUCUCAAGGCGGUUCACAUCCGAUAGUGUUGUCAGCUUCAUCAGAUUCCACUUUGGGUGAAGAGGAAUCAGAAUAUCUUUCGAGUGAUCCUCUGGUCACUUGGCAGGCAUUCUCUGAAUUCAUGCGCUUCUCGCCACCGGAAUUGUUUCAACGUGGUUCAAUGACAAAGCUCGAUGUUCGACGUCUCAUCGCUGGACACCUGCAUGAUACUGGUCCACACUUCUCCAGCGUCCUUCGAUGUUUUCUGUAUCUCCUGAAACGCUUGGAAACGGACUUGUGGAAGUACGAAGCUACGGAUUAUCCACAAGUAAUUUUCGAUGCCAUUAAGGACAACUCAUCAUACGUGGAGAGAGUACGGAGCGUACCACGAACCGAGGACAAGCAGUGGUACCUGUACUGGUUUUCAGAUUACAUCAAAAGUAUUUGGUCGUCGCCCUCAUUCUCUACGACAUUCGCGAAAAUGGUCGACUUUCUUUGCGAAGAGCUCCAGCACGAGCGGUUUGGUGAAGCACGUCCUGUGGUAAUGUCGGCAGCAAGUUCGCUUUUCCGUUCCGUUCUACGCAUGUGCGACGAAGAGACCGCUCGAGACCAGCGCGCUGCCGUCCUCAACGUCCUGGAUAUUCACAUUGACCGACUCACAACGAUCGCGUUUUCACGUCCAUAUAACGAUCCAAAGUGGGCCAGCGCUCGCACUGUAAUUCGUGAACUCAUCUCGACGGCACUGAAGGCGGAUGUCAAGCGUGUGGCCUCGACUAUCACCGAGCUCACACGAUCCUACCUCGAUCCCAAGGGGUUCAGCACGCCUCCUGUUGUUCGCAGGCAGUUGUGGAAGAAGACAUACGAUAGUAUACAUGCCACAGACACCGACGGGAUAGCUAUGCUGAUCGACAUCAUAGCUCCCUCUGCACAUCUGGGGAAGCUGCACAAGGCGCCUUUUGCGGCUUCGCAGAAGAAAGGAGAGAAGCCUAUGAAACCCUCUCCUUCAGCAGAAGCCGCAUUCGAUGAAGUCAAUCGAGCACUCGACAUUUUUCACACCGGAUUUUCCGACGCGGUUUCCAGGUAUGCGAACUACAAUCCUGCUUCCGCCGUCCAAGAGCUUUUUCGUCGCCCCAACGUUGCCAAGGACAUCAUCAUCCUCAUGCUCUGCCCUGUGGAAGAUCUUCAAUCCGGCGCUCAGACUUUGGUCGGCCAAGCCUACGACACGGACGUCCGGGUCGACUGCUUUCGAGCGAUGCUCAAGCGUCUUCCCGAUCCUUCAUUCACCGGUAUCCUCGACUCUUUAACGACAUUCACACAGUACACGGAUGUCCUCCCUGAGGCUUGCGAUCUUUCCAAGGCCCUCGUGCGGUGCAUGACAGACGUCAUUGAAGUCUUGUGUGCGAGCCCGGAUGGCUUGCUCCUUGACGAGCGAUAUCUCAAGCGAGACGAAGGAUCCGGACCAGCCGCCAACAUACCCAAACUUUGGAGUCUCAUGUCGAAGGCCCUUUCCAACAUCUUCCAGAAGACGCCAUCAUGGUCGCAGUGGUUUGACCCGGAGGACAUGAUCGUAUGGAUGCGAGACGCCCUCAUAUUCGGGCGCGACAUGCUCGCCCAGUGGAGGGUUUUCGAGUCCGCGGCAGUCUAUCAUUCAGAUCCAAAAUUUUCUCGAAACAACGCCCAAUCGAGCAAGAUCUCACGGCCGGGGAAAAGAAUGAUCGCUGCGUUACAGUCUGUACUCUUCGAGCUCACCAAAUGGCUGCGCCUGACGGACGAGGAACUUUUGCAUCAAUCCUACGCCCUGCUGGAGACAUUGUUCGAUGUGUUCCGAAACAUGGACGUUACACCGACCGAGGAGAUCCUCAAGAAGCUCACGAGGAUGGUCAGUGAUGCCCGCGAGAGGGAACGGAAUCCCAGACUCGAUAGACCUCAGACCCGCCUUGAUUCCGCACGCGUAUCAAAGCUCGAGUCCAUCCUUGCUGGUUUCGACGACGACAACGAGAUCGAGUUGGUCUCCUAUACUCCUGCUCCAUCGACGUCCAAAGAAAAGAAUGCCCAUGCAUCCACUUCGAAGGACCCAGCGCCCGCCGCUGCUGUAGCCAAGACCGGCUCCCGAAAGUCGAGUCCAGGAAGCAGCAGCUCUGCUACACCUUCCAUCUCUUCCGCUAUCCAACAAAAACUCACAAAGCCUACCGCGUCGACCUCUCGAUUCUUUGGCGGACGCGACCAGAAGAAGCUCGACGAUGCGGCCAUCCCGUCAGCUGCCUUCCCCAAACUUCACGUUCCCGUCACGAAGGGCGUAGACAAGGUUGAGAGUAGCACGAAGAAAGAGAAUGCGAAGCCAACUCGAGAAGACGCGAGUGACGACUCGAGCGAUGACAGUGAUGGAGGCGGAGGGUUUGCAGCGCUCAACGAGAUUCGACGUACACCUAAAAUCAAGAAGCCUGCUGAACGGCGCCAGGUCAAGCUCAUGAAUAUGAGGACGAACGCGAGGAAUCCUAUGCAGGAACGUAUAAACCAGCGGGAGGACGCACGACGGAUAGCCAUGCGUAUGAAGCCGGACAUCUCGCAGCUGCAUCGCACUAUCUUGUCAUGGUCUUGGAAUCAUUCAGAGCCUGACCCACCGUCAAACAAGCAGUGUCCGUUUUUAGUGGCCAUACCCGAGCGCUUUACCGAUCACGCUCAUUAUCGCCGAAUAUUUGAGCCGUUGCUCGUCCUCGAAUGUUGGGCACAGUUACUUCAAUCGAAGGAAGAGCAGCAAGAGGCGUUUGAAUGUAAAAUAUCCUCCCGGCAACACAUCGACGACUGGUUGGAUAUCGAUAUCUCCAUCACUGAAGGCGUGGACAGCAACUGGUUCCUCAUUGACACCGACAUCGUCCGUCUGUACCUUCCUAACUCCGACAAAAUUAUCUUGGGAAAAGUCCAGAACUUCAAAGCGAACCAUUUUGGCGAACGAUCCCUUCAAGUGACCGUACGAUGCUACUUGGGAGGCGGGACAGUCGACCCCGGUCUGAACCCUGGCUCUACAUGGCGCAUUUCGAAGGCUUUCAGUUUGAGUACGCUCCAUCGAGAGUAUGCCGCUCUGGUAGCGAUGGAGUUCUAUGAUCUCGCUGAUGUCAUCCUGAGACCACGACUCGCCAUGAAGCCUUUCAUCGACAGCGAUGAACUGCAAGCGACUCAGACUAAAUUCAACGUCAACGAACCGCAAGCGGUGGCCAUUGCCAGCGUCAUGCGCACUGAGGGCAUUUCGUUGAUCCAAGGGCCUCCUGGUACAGGAAAGACGUCCACUAUUUGUGCUCUCGUUCAAGCGUUCCUGUCGAAACGAAAGACCGCGACGAACAUUCAAGUUGGCAGAUCGUCAGGGCCAGCCGACAAGGUGCCACCCAAGAAAGUCCUUCUUUGCGCUCCCAGUAACGCUGCUAUCGACGAAGUGGUUCAUCGCUUAAAGGAAGGAGAGUCCGGCGCUGGUCGUAAAGGUCGUGUUCCAAAUGUCGUUCGGGUUGGUGCCCCAAAAGCCAUCAACAUCAGCGUACAGGACGUAUCCCUGGACAACCUCGUGGAUCAGAUGUUGGAGGCCAACGAAGCUUCCAAGCAGAAGUCUUCUAAGGAGUCGGGUGGCGAACUCACCCUCCUGCGGACCGAGCUGGAGUCGGUGAAGCAGUCCAAAAGGGAGAAGCAGGAGGAACUCGCCUCUCUCCAUGAUAAUACUGCGAGGAGUCUUGCGUUGGAUGACGAGAUCAAGAAACUCAACUCGCGCCGCAUAAACCUGAGCCAGCAGAUCGACCGCCUACGAGACCAGCAGAAAUCUGACCGACGAACUCUGGAUGCCAACCGUCGUAAAUACCGCCUGAAGGUUCUUUUGGAUGCGGACGUGAUUUGUAGUACGCUGUCGGGGACAGGCCAUGAACUGUUGGAGCAGCUUGACUUUGACAUGAUCAUAAUUGACGAAGCCGCUCAAGCGAUUGAGCUGAGUUCGUUAAUCCCGUUGAAGUAUCGCAGCUCACGCAUCUUUAUGUGCACAGAUCCUCAACAGCUGCCCCCGACUGUCAUUUCCAUGGAAGCAAGCAAGUACAUGUACAACCAGUCCUUGUUCGUUCGUCUCCAAAAACAUCGCCCCGAUGCCGUGCACCUACUCAGCAUUCAAUACCGUAUGCAUCCUGACAUCAGCCAGUUGCCUAGCGCCCUCUUUUAUAAUGGGAGACUCCAGGACGGUCCCGGCAUGGUAGAGAAGACCAAAAGACCCUGGCAUACGAGUCCAAAGUUCGGAACCUAUCGCUUCUUUAACGUCACUAACGGACAAGAGUCGCAAGGCUCCUCUCACUCGUACAUGAACACCGCAGAAGUCAGGAUCGCCGUGUCUUUGUUCCAUCGUCUUCGCCAAGAGUUUUCGUCCGUAGACUUCGACUUUCGGGUCGGCGUGGUCUCCAUGUAUCGCGAGCAAAUCUUCUCCCUUCGACGUGCUUUCGAGCAACGAUUCGGUCGGGAGAUCAUCGGAAAAGUAGACUUCAAUACCGUCGAUGGGUUCCAAGGACAGGAAAAAGACAUUAUCAUUCUUUCCUGUGUGCGUGCAGGUCCUGGCGUGCAGACGGUAGGAUUCUUGGCAGAUGUACGUCGUAUGAACGUCGCCUUGACUCGUUCUCGAGCUUCGCUUUUCAUUCUGGGCCAUGCUCCGACUUUGGAACGCAGUGAUCAGAACUGGAAGGCGAUCGUGACGGAUGCAAGAUCUCGGUCCCGACUUUUCGACGUCGACGAGCAAUACUUCACCUCGUCAAGGUCGGAACCUCGUCCAUCGGUUGCGAAGCCAGUCAAACCAGCCCCUAUUCCACGCUCCUCUGCUGCUGCAAUUCCUUCCGAUCUUACGACGCCCAAGGCUCACAAAGCGUCUUCGAAACACACAUCUUCUACCACCGCCAUAACAUCUCCCCAGAUCGCGGCCUCCGCUGGUACAUCGAAGACCAACGGGACGUCCAGCGCAGCAGGAAGUGAAAAGGGAACAAGACUAAACGAAGAUGAGGGGAAAGAAACCACUUCUGAAUCUUCUAACCCUCCGCCGAAGCCUCGUCCUGCACCUGCGAAACGUCAGAAGCCGGGAGCAAGCUUGUUCAUCCCGAAGAAGGUACGAAAUGCAAAACGUUCUGAAUUUGCCCUUCCUAACCCAUGUCGUGACUCUUCUCCCCUUAGAGACCCGCACAAGACGACAUGGGCGGACCUUCUAAGAAACGGUAACGAUUACGCUUCUGAUAACAAAGUGAUGCACAAAGUCUUUCCUUCUAUCUCUUUCCGUUCGCUGUCGCAUACACAUUAUUUGUUUCGUCGCAUCGCAAUAAGUUAUUCUCCCACUUCUGAUUACAACAACACGGAUCAGCUCUCGAUAGAGCGUGUAACCUGA